UCGCGAUUCCGCGCCAUCCUUUGACACGUUAUACCGCUUACACCUUCCCAGCUAUCGCACAACAUACGCAGGCUCGCUCUUCUCAGCUGUUUUUAGCUCAUGUGGUAUCUUGAAGGGGAUUCUGUGGCUGAUCCUACCACCACGUUCGUCGAGGGUUGGAUACGCCAAAUCGAGGAAGUCAACCCCGAUGACUGGGAGGACGACAACUUCGACAUCGGGAUCAUGUCGCGCCCAGGAAGCCCCAAGAAGCCCAGGACGAGGGAUUCGGCACCAGAUCUGGACGCCACGCCACGUCAAAAAGGAGCAGCGAGUCUCUCAGAUGCAAGUCUAGGCUAUGGACCGUCCGAGAGCGGAUCUAGCAGGUCAAUUCCUAUAAGCUCUGGAUCGUCGAGCCCCAGGAAGCGGGAACUGGAGCUGCGCAAUGCAAAGCAGUAUCCGCUUCAGCGGAAGAGGAUGACGGCGGGUAUAGCUCACAUCACGCCGCUCAUGCAAGACCUUGCACAUUUGAUCAAUGGGCCUACUAUUCCUCAUAGCAUCAAGGCUCGAAUCACGACGCAGGAGAGCUUCCCCAAUCCUCCGCUAGAGAGCUGGUUCAUGCCGCCCACCACAGACGAAAGUGUCAAAGCCAAUGACGAGUACAUCUACAGGCGGCUAAGCAUGAUUCGUCGCCGGACGGCCGAAUGCGAGGACCGGCUCUCUCACGAGUCGACCUGGAACGACAGCGUUCAUUCUCCGCUCCUGGAGGUUGCCCUCUACGAGGGUGAGCAAGAUGACGUCUCAUAUGAGAACAUAACGCAAUGUCGAAUUUACCCGGGCCUCCGCGACCCCGACCCCUUCAUCACUGACGUAAGGAUCGACUACGGCAUAUUUUUCGAGCCGCGAGAAGACUCAUCGCUCUACUCAGCCAUCAAGACAUUCAAAGCCCGUAACGAAAACAACCGGGUGGCCCAUGUUCAGCUGACCGACGAGCGAGACACGCCGCUAGCCAUCAGCAUCGAGACCAAGAAUCCGAAGUCGACUGGCGGCGGAGUUGCUGGUCCUGCCCAGCUUGGGGCCUGGGUGCGCGCUCACUUUCGACACCUCGAGUCUUUGCCUCGUGCCAACCCCGACAACCUUCCUAUGCUUCCUCUCAUCUUUGUAAAUGGGGCUGACUGGCGUGUUGACUUUGCCCAGCGCACACCUGAUAAGCUGAUUAUCUGGGAGAGCAUUCAGAUUGGUUCCACGGACUCUUCGCAUGGAUGCUAUGCUAUCAUGGCUGCUCUACACCGACUCGCUGGGUGGUGCCGUGAUGAGUACGCACCGUGGUGGGAGAGGGCUCUGGCUGGACUGGAAAGCCCUGUCUAGAGAGAAGCAUUGAGUUAACUUCUUGUAAGAAGCUGUGCAGCUGCGACUAGCGAGGUUGAAAGUACUCUUGGUAUCGCUCCUUAUGUAAUAUCUAGCAAAGCUAUGAUUGGCGGACGCGAAAACGAACUCUACCCCUUGCAAAGUGGGGCCCGAAAAAUCAACUCUACUCCAGUGAUGUUGUGUCGCACUGAGCGUGCUUAAAGGGUUAGAGUGAAUAUGAUAAGCAGC